AUGCCAUAUGAAAUAGAAGAUGAACGUCAAGAAAGCGAGAAAUGCGAUCUUGAAGACGGCCAUAUUGAUGACAACUCAGACCUGGAUGCCAACAUUGACGAACCGAUUGCCGAUGAAGUUUGGCUAGAAGGCUAUCAUCAAAGACGGGAAGAAAACAACAAAAGAAUGGCAGAAUUAGACAUUUGUUGGAAUGGAAGCAUGCCUGUAACAUCAUGGUAA